GGUGGGAUCCUUUGCACUUCUCCUGAGGGGAACAAGUGAUGCCAGGGGGGUGACAGCCCCUGGGCAGCACUGCUGUGGGUGGGACAGGAAGAUCCUGAUCCAUAAAUCCCGGUCAGAGCCUGGUGACUCCAAUAUUGGGCUCCCGUAGUGGUGGUUGAGGAUUGAAGAGCCCUGUGGUUCCUGGUUUUCUGGCAGAAAAGUGCUCUGCAGGCGUUUGGUGUGGCCUCCCACGGCUCCCUCCUGCUGGGUUUGCAUCCAUGGAGAUGCUCUGUCACGCCAGGCUGGGCUGGGAAGGGGCGGGACAGCAGAGCCCAGAGCGGCUGGUCAGAAGGGUUUGGGAUCUGGGGGGCUGCUUGGGGGGGGUUUAGGCUCAGUGGGAGGCUGGUCAGAAGGGUUUGGGCUCAGCAGGAAGGGUUUGGGCUCAGCAGGAGGCUGGUUGGAAGGCUUUGGACUCUGGGGAGCUGGCUGGAAGGAUUUAGGCUGGUCAGAGAGGUCUGGGCUCAGUGGGAGGCUGGUUGGAAGGGUUUGGGCUCUUGGGGGGUGUGAUUUGGAAGGGUUUGGGCUCAGCAGGAGGUUUGUCCACUUGCCACAUCCCCUGUGACCAGUGUGGGGACUGGUCAUCCCCCCUGGGAUGAGCCCUCAAGGCCCAGCUCCAGCCAGGACCGUGCUGAUCUAUCGCAACGGGGACCGUUUCUUCCCGGGGAGGAGAUUCCUGGUGACCCCCCGGCGCUUCCCGACCUUCGAGGCCUUUCUGGACGAGGUGACCAAGGCCCUCCACACCGCCCUGGCCGUGAGGAACCUCUACACCCCCCAGCAUGGUCACGGUGUCGCGGGGCUGGGGGACCUGCGGGACGGGGGCCAGUACGUGGCAGCGGGGUCGGAGAGGCUCCAAAAGCUGGACUACUUAAAUCAGAGAAGGAAGGAGCCCCGUGGGACGAGGAAGAGUCUGCAGUCCCACGCUGCAGAUCCCUGGAAAUCCAACACCUUCGUCCAACGGCAGCAGCUCUCCCGCCUGCCCUGCACCAUACAUGUUUUCCGGAAUGGGGAUCUGCUGAGCCCUCCUUUCCCACUGGUGCUCCCCAAGAGGAUCCCACUGGAGUGGGACACGCUCCUGGCCACGCUGACAGAGAAAGUGGAGUUGGGCAGUGGAACCGUUAACAAGCUCUGCAGGCUGGAUGGGACCCCGGUGUGCGGAGGGGAGGAGCUGGAGAAUGGCCAUCACUACGUGGCAGUGGGAAAGGAGGAGUACAAAGCCCUGCCCUACAGGGAGCUGCUGGUGCCCCAGGAGUGCAGGACACUGGGGAACCACCCAAAAACCAGGCACAAAAAGAGCCAGGGCAGGCUGGGUAGUCGCAGGGUGCAGGCCACGGGAGCUGCAGAGAAAGGCAAGAUCCCACCUGCCUUCCCACAGCUGCAAAUUCCAACCAGGGAAUCUCCCCUCGAGGAGGAAGAGCCCAUUUUCCAUGUCAAACCUGUGCGUGCAGGACAGAACAGAAGGAGCAGCAGGAGUGUGCAGCCUGGCCCAGGUGAAGGAAAAAGCCUCUCUAAACCCAGGGAUCCAAGGAGAGAGAUGAGAGGUGCUCGGGAAGAGGGUGAACACACCAGGCUGGAUGUACCCAUUGACCAGGUUUAGGACACACUGAGCUGCUCUCCGAUGUGUAAAGCCGAGAGUAACCACGAGGGGGAACCUGAGAAACGACAGCACGGUGUCACUGCAGGGCCUCGUGUGUUAGAAAGGCAAGAAAUCCC